AUGACUCAAUGUUUGCUGCCAUGUCGAUCUCAGUACGCAUUCAGAUCCAAAAUGUAUAGUGUGCCUGAAGUGAAUUCUAUGCCUGAUGACCGUUUUGUGUGGGUGUUUGGGAAUGUCAUAGAGUUGUGUGAAGACGCCGCCGUGUGGGUAAAGAAAAAACGCCCUUUCAACAGAUUAGCCGACCUUUGUACCGAGUUCCACAAAUAUUUGGACAAUCUUAGUGUUGAAGAAAAGUUAGUAAUACUCAAAUCACACCCGGAUCUGGCAGGACGCCUAGCAGUUCUCGGUGAGCUAACGAAGGAAUCUACAGAAGAGCAAAAAAGUGCUGGGUUGGAUAAAAUAAAUGCAGAACAGAAAUCAAUAAUAAAUGCAUGUAACGAACGAUACAAAUUAAAAUUCGGUUUUCCGUUUAUAAUUUGCGCAAGGGAAAAUAAGGUACAAUCAAUAAUCGAUGGACUAAAUAGUCGUAUACUGAAUUCCCGAGAUCAAGAAAUCGAAACCGGAAUAAAUGAAGUCAAAAAAAUAUGUAAACUAAGAAUUCUAGACAUUGUAAAUGAAAAUUAG